GCGGUCUACGCACGUCCAUUGUUUAUUUCUUCCUUGAUUUUCUGCAGUAUGAAUGCCUAAGAGAUAUUUCCGUCACGAAUGGUAUGAAAUAAAACAGCACUAGUAUUUCUGGUUGGUGGAGUGUUUAGUGAACUUCGCAGGUUGACGAAACUCGCCCAAAAAGCUUCAUGCUAACAGCUCUUGCAGACGUGUGAAUUGUCGGAACCUUUUUAAAUGGUCAGCGUGAUUAGCCGACAUUACAGCUGUAACUCGCUUCGGAUCGUUCAUGCUAUGUGGAAGCAUAAAAGGCCUCUUUCAAAUAUAUGUGUUGAGAGAACGUCGAUAAAUGCGACUUCGGACUGCCUGGACAGUUUUAUCGAUGAACUAGUACAAAAGAAGGCCUACAAAUGGAAACAUCAUAAUAUACAGAAAACUAUACAGUGUGAAAUUGAAAGAAGUGCAAGUGACAUUGACGAACAGAAACUACAAGACAGUUCUCAGUCCAACAGAACUGAUGUAGAUGUUAAUGAUAUAGAUGAAUUAAUCACAAAAGUUAUACGUUCAAAAGAAUAUAAUCAUAUAAUACCAAUAUUAAAUUAUUCUGCAAGACAGAAAUACUGCCCUUCUCCAGAUCUGUUACUGGAAGCUGCAAGUAUAUUUUCAAGGACUGGUAACAAAGCUGGAGUGCAUGUUGUUAAGUCAGUAUGUGAGCUUUUAAAUAAGAAUGAAUUCUACAAUCAAGCAGAAUACAGCCAUUAUGUGGCAGAAGCCUCAUGGGUGAGUGGUAAUGUGAAUGAGGCUCUGGACAUGUUUGCAUUUGUAUAUAAGCAUCAUGCCUCUCUCCGCAGAAAAGUUAGGAAUAUGACUAAAUUCUUGUUUGCAGAAUGCAUUUCCAACAGAAGUGAAGCAUCAGUAGUUUUGGUUACAAAUUUUGCAAAGAAAUUUGCUGAAGAAUGUGGAGAUUAUUAUUUUUUGUCAUAUCUGUGGCAGUUUUGCUUCUUAAGUGAGUGGUUCUGUGAUCAGAAAAUGGCCAGUGAACUUCUAGAAAAGUAUCAAGAACUGAGAACAAUAAUAAUGGACAGAAUAAAAGUAAUAGCUGUGACUGCAUUGAGGCAAGGAAAAGUUGAAACAGUGCAAAGGUUGCUGGAAGUGACACUUAAGUAUGAAAGAAGGCAAGAUUACAGACACAUACUGAGGGAAUUCUUUGAUUACAAGUGUGCCCAGGGAGAUCUUCCGGGAUGCUCAGCAAUACUUGCAUCAGCAUUAGAACUGAACAUUUCCUUGACGCCUGAACAACAUGAUAGGUUUCUUGUUCUUCUACUUUUCUCACACAAAAGGAAAAGGACAUCCUCAAGAACAAAGCAACAGGAAUAUGUUGGCAAGACACUUGAAGUCCCAUGUUUCCAGCUGAAAUUUUGAAUUUAAAUAUGGAGUUCUUGAUCAUUUAAUAUUAAAAUGUGAUAUGCAUACACUUUUGCUGUGUAAUAAAAGUAUAAAUUAUGCAGGGGUAA